AUGGAUUUUCAAAGAGAGGAUGCAGGAGGGAGUAAAGUAGUUACUCCUAAAAUUAUGUUUAGACGUCCUGGAAGUAAGGACGGAGGAGGAAUUUUACCUGGACUUAGGUUAGGUUAGUUCAAUAACAAUUUUACAAGCAAAAAUUAAGACCAAUCAUCGAUAAAUGAAGAUUAAUUUCCUUAAACCACGAAAUAAAAUAAUUAAAUAAUGCUUAGAUCAAAUUUAGAGCUUACAAAGUUAGGAUCAAGAGAAAAUAUUGGAUCAAAGACUCUAAUUCCUAUAAGAUCUUAAAAUGAUCUACUUAGCAGAGAAGUUGACAAAGAAAUUAAUAACAUGAAUUUACAAAGCAGAAUAAGGGAUUUAGAAAGUAUGCUUAUAGAUUUUAAGGGGAAUAUUGAAAGAAGGAUAUAGAAAAUUUAAGAUGAUAUACCAGGAAAAUUCAAUUAAAAUUUUAAAAGACUUGAAGAUAAAGAAGGUUAGAUGUGGAAAGAUAACAAUCAAAAGCAAGGAAUGAUUUAGGAUUAAUAUUAGAUUAUAAGGGAAACAAUUCGCAAGAAUAAUGAAUAAAAUGGGGCUACUAUGCUUGAGUUAUAGCGUAAAAUAGAUGAAGUUACAUUUUAAAAUCAUAAACUAUAAAAAAGUUAAGAACAGUUAUAAGUUUUUAUCAAAAAUGGUCUUGUUCCUAUUGAAAAUAACAAUAAAAAAAAGUAUGAUCCACAAGAAGGCUAGUUAUCUCUGCUUAAAGAAUAGUUUAAUUAAGAACUAAGAAUAAGGGAGAAUGCUUUUGAAGAUUUAAAUAGAAAUUAUUAAGAUUUGCAAAAGAAGGUUUUUGAACAAGAGAAAGAAUUUUUAGUUAGACUUUAAAAGUAGAGAGACUAAAUCAUAGAAGAAACAAAUAUACACAAGCAGUAAAUUAAGUAGUUAGAAGGGGUUAAAAUGGAAAAGCUUCUAGGGGAGAAUGAUUAUUUAAAGCAAUUGAUAGAUUAAGUUGAAAGAAGACUUGAAGAUGAGAUGGAUAAAAGAUUAAAGCAAGAAUUUGAGAAUAAAGCUUACUUAGAACAAAAAAUGAAUCUAUUUAAGGAUGAAAUAAGAAAUGAAGAAAAGUCUAUUGUCGAAGGAGAGUAGAGAUUUAUCAAAUAAAUGCAUGAUAGCAUUUAGGCAAUUCACUCAAUUAUUAAAUUCACAAAAGAAGAAUUAGAGGCUAAUUUAGCAUCUACAUAAACACUUUUUUCAGAAAAUGUUAAAAAUUUUGGUCAUUAAAUUGAAGUCAUCAAGGAAAACCUUGAAACAAAAGUAAUGCUGCUUGAAAGAGGUUAUAAAGAGGUAAAUUAUAAAGUCAAUGAAACAAAAUAGCUAUUUAGUGAGCAUGCAAAUACAGUUAACAUGCAAAUAGAGAGAUAAAACGAAGUUAUUGAAAAUAAUGAGUAAGUUCUAAGGAGAAAUGUUUAAGAAAUAGAAAAAGAGUUAAAGGCUAAAUUGGCAGAAGCUGAAAAAGAAAGCGAAUUGUGGAAAGAUAAGUUUGAGAAAAAAAAUUUGGCAAUCUUUUAGGAAAUAUCAAAUGCUAUGAAAGGGCUCAAAUAAGAUAUGAAUACAGAAAAGAAAGAAAAUAUAGCAAGAAUAAAAGAUAUUAAAGAAGAAAUAGAUUCAUAUUAGAAUAUGAAUCAGAAGCUAAUCACCAAUUUGAAGGAACAUACAGACAGAAUACAACAAAGCACAGAAUUUUUAAUAUAGGAAAAUGAUCGAAAAUAAAAUGAAAAUCUGCUUCAAACUUAAAUAGAACUUGAAAAAAUGAUGAGAUAACUUGAUGAUAUUUAAUUUGAUAGAGCAAAAGAAUUUGCUAACGAAAAGGUAAUAGAACUUGAGCAAAAGUUUAGCUCCACUCAUAAUUAAAGCAUUUAAAACCUAAGAAACGAGUUAGGCAAUUAGGUGAAUAAAUUAAGAGAUGACUUUGAUAUAAUAUUAGCUGAGAAAGAAUAAAAUCUAUUGGAUAGAAUUAAAAACAACAGAAUUUAUGCAGAAGAACUCAACGAUUAAUUAUUGAGACUGCUUAAAAAAGAUUAAAAUGAUUUAUUUGAAUUCAGAUAGCAGCAUAUGGAUGACCUAAGAUCUUUAAGAAAAGAACAUUUGGACAAUCUAAGAAAUUCCAUGAAAGAAAUGUCAUUAGAGAUGGACAGUAAAAUAGAUGUGGAACAUAAAAAAUGGGAGGUUGCUCUUUUGCUUUCUACGAGAUCGUUAGAAAGACAGCUGGAAGAAACAAAUGCAAGAUUUAAUGAAAAUAUGGAUAAGCUGAGAGAAGAAUUGAUUGAGAAAUUUAAAUAUGAGCUUGAGGAAAUUGUAAUGAAGAAGAUUAUGGAAGAGAUUUAACAAGAAAAAAAUGAAAGAAUAAGAAGAGAAAACGAAAUAGAAACAAGCAUGCAUAACAUUAAAAAUAUGAUAUUAGAAGCUCUUCAUUAGAAAGUGGAAUCAGCAAAAGCACUUGCUAGAGCUUUAGUUACAGAAGAGGCUGCAGAAAGAGCCAAGAAUGAUGAAGAAAUUCUUAGAGUAAUGAAAGAAAGCAUUGAUACAUUAGAUCGUACACUAAGACAAUUGAUUAGAACUUCUAUUGAGGAAUGUAUGUACAUUUUAAGAUAAGAGAUCUAAAAAUUGGAAGACAAAUUGAAUGAGUUUAAAGAGUGGACUAUGAAAGAGCUUAAAAAGUUGCAAGAUGAAAUGAAAGAGUGGUAAAAUGAAAUUAGGGCAGAAAACUAUCUAAGAGAUAUGUAUCAAAGAUUACGUGAUGAGGAGCUUUAAGAAGUGAUAAAGAAAAUAGAAUUUGAGCUCAUUUCAAUUAAAAAGAAUAGAGAAGAAGACUUACUAUUGCUUAUAUAAGAAAUACAUAUUAGACAGGAGGAAAUUACAAGAGUUGACUCAGUUUUAGAUGACCAUGAAAGUAGAAUCACUUAACAAAGAGAAGAUCAUGAUAAUCUUAGAAAUGAAUUUGACGAACAUUAAAACUGGGCAAAAGAAACUAUUAAAAAACAAAGAGAUGAUUUCGAAAGAUUCAAAGUAGUUACAAAUAAGAAUGUCAAAUACUUGGAUGAGACAGUUAAAUUUAAUUUAGAAUAUGUAGAAGGAAGAAUGUAUCUAGAUAACAUGUACAAUAGAGUAUAAGUUUAAGCUAUUAUUGAUUAAUCUUCAAAUAAUAAGUCUAAAAUUAGAAAAAUAUUCUCUAAACUUAAAGAAGUUAUAUUCUAGAUCAAUGAAAACUUCUAAUAGCAAGAAAACUUUGAAGAAAAAACAGAAAAGAACUUUAAGAUAGCAGAAAAAGCGAUAAGAGCACAUACUCAAUAUCUCAACUCUCUUGAUGCAAGAUUGCACAUGGAAGAAAUACUAAAUAAGCUUAUUUCAUAAGACUAGCAAAGACUCAAUAACGAAAUAAGGAAAGAAUUGAAUACUAAUUUGGUUAAUAUGAAUGAAGAAAUACAAAAGGCUAUGAAAGAAAUGAAAGAAGAUAACUAUAAGUAAAUUGAUGAAUUGGAGAAUAGGACUGUCGAUAUAUAAAAUAAACUAGAUGAAUAAGGUUAGAAAUUAGAAGAAUAAAAUGAAGAAAUAAGCAAUGUUAAGAAAUUGGUAGCAUUAGUUGAAACAGACCUUAAAGCAACUGAGCAUGAGAUGAAUUAAAGAAUUGAUGAAGGAAUAAAUAAUUUGACAGAAAAUAUAAAUUAAUAAUAAUAAGAAAAUGAGUAAUUCAAGGAAGAAGUUAAUAAUAAAAUAGAAGAAUUAAACUAAAAGAGUGAUGAAUUCAAUCAAAAGAUUGAAGAGAUAAACCAAAAGGAAGAAGAAAAUAACCAAAAGUAUGACGAGUUCAACUAGAAAUUAGAAGAACAAAAUUAAAAAUUAGAUGAACAGAAUUAAAAAUUAGAAGAACAGAAUUAAAAAUUAGAAGAACAUAAUGAAAAACUUGAAGAAUAAAACUAAAAAGUAGAAGAGCAUUCUGAAAAAUUAAAUGAAGUAGAUCAAAAAGUCAAUGAAAUGGAUGAAAAAUUAAAUUAGGUUAAAGAAGAAUUUGGAUAAGAAAUGAAUUAGAAACUAGAAUAAGAGACUUAGAAAGUUGAAGAAUUACAAGCAAAAUAAGAAGAAAUGAAUUAGUAGUUAUAAGAAAAAGAAUAAGGCAUAGAAGAUUUAGCAGUUGAUAUUAAAACUUAAAUGGAAAGAAUAGACGAGCUAGAAAAAACUGUUGAAGGACUCAAGACAAAUGUUGAUGAUGUGCAAGAAAAAAACAAACUAAAUGAAUCUAAAUUAAAUGAGAAAAAUGAGCAGAAAGAGAAUGUCAACGAGUCAAUGUAGAAAAAGUUUGACUCAAUAGAAGAGGAAGUUAAUAAUCUGAAACAAGAAUAUGAAAAUUUAAAAGAACAGGAUAUAUAAUAACUUCGUAACUAGUUAGAAGAAUAAAUACAAAACUUAGAAGAAUAAAUUAAAGACAUGUAAGAUAAGUCUAAGAAUUAGAAUAAUGCUUCAUAAUAAUAAUAAGAAAUGGAAGAAGUGCAAAAUAAUGUGAAAGAAUUACAAUAAGAGUUUGAUGAGUACAAAAACUAGAUGAUGGCAGUUGGGUAAGCCCUUGAUGACUUUAAAUAAAUAAAUACAGAUUUCACUAGCAUAAAAGAUAGAUUAAAAAUAUUAGAAAGUAAAUGA